CGAUUACCGAUCUUUACUAAGUGCAGCAAACUUAGCCUGAAGAAAUUGUACGACGAACACUAUUCAUCUCUGCCCUCACAUUUAAAACGUAUCAUGGAUUCAAUGCGAGGAGGCUAACUACAAGUUUAGUCUCUUCCAUUCUGCGAGGUGCAAAGCACCGACUUGUCUGCGGACCUGUUGGCAACAGUUAGUCUUUACUGGCCCUCCUGUUGAGGGUACGAGCCGUGACCGCAGGUACAGUCAUACGGACUCCAAAUUAGUUACCGGUUCUAGAGAUUUUCACUGUUAGCAUAGCCACACAUCUUAGCGACUUACUGCCUGCUAAGAUGUGAGUACAUUACAUCUAUUUAUACUGUAUCUUACUGAUCCAUAGUAGAUACAUCUAUUUUCUUGCUUCAGGCUAAUCCUCAUUGCCCUUGUGUCACUGCCAUGUCCUCUCAGAUUCUCAGGUCCACUGCUCAACAGGUUAUGGGCCCUGAUAACAUGUCUUCAUCAACCUCUACUAUCAAACUCCUCAAUCUGCCCCACCUAAAAGAUGAUGGCACAAACUACAUCUUAUACAAGGAACAGAUCCCAAAUGUGGCCAUCUCAAAAGGGCUUAGAUGAGUCUUGUAUGGAACUGCUAAGAAGCCUAUAGAGAUAACAGAGACAGAUGGAGACUAUUACCUACCAGGAAAUCUUAUACUCUUAUUUGAAAAUGAAGUUGAAAAGCAACUGACCCUUCAGGAUGCAUAUGACCAGAAGGAGGCACAGAUCCACAAGAUGAUGUAUGAAACCGUCAGCACCUUGAUCUUCAUGCAGAUUAAAAAUAAACCCUCUGCUGCUGUAAUGUGG